CUUCGAUCUAAAGAGGGCGUCCGAAUAAAAUAGCUAGAAGGCGGAAUGAAUAUCCUUCCUAAAAAGAGGUGGCAUGUUCGAACCAAAGAUAAUAUUGCACGAGUCAGAAGGGAUGAAGCCAAGGCUGCUGAAGAAGAAAAAGAGCUACAAAGAAGAAUAAACUUAGCUGAACAAGAGCAUCGGAUUUCAUAUCUCCGAGCUAAGAAAAGAAAACCCGAUGAUUCUCAAGAACCUGAAUCACCUCCAAAAUCAGAUUCAAAAGAGCACAUAAACUUUUUUAGUGAAUUAGAAAAAUCAGGGGGAUAUUUUGGAGGAUCCAAUAGAGAACACGAUGAAGAGAAAAAGCAAGAACAAGAAAAAUUUGAAAAAAAGAUUGGACUCCUUACAUAUCUUGGGCAGGAUAUUUCAAAUGAAGUUCCAUGGUAUGUAAAAAUACCAGGAGAACGUGUACAAGAUGAAAGUUACAGUAAAGAUCAUUCUGCAAGUAGAACAAAAUCUGAACUUCAAGAUCCACUUAUUGAUAUAAGACGUUACUUACAUAAGAAAGAAGGAAAAACGUCAACAGUAAACAAAACUUCUACAGAAAUAAAGGAAUCAUCAUCAGAUUUCCAAAUUUCAAAGUCUAAACAUAAACAUAAGAAAGAAAAAAAGCUUGAAAAAUAUGAAAAGAAAAAAACAAUAGAAGAAUUAAGAGCAGAAAGAUUGAAAAGAGAGAAGAUUGAAAGAGAAAGAGCAGAAGAAUUAAUUAAGAAACAUAGAGGUAUAAAAGAAAAACAAAUUUCAACAGAUGAAAGAGAUCGGCAAUAUAAUUCUCAGUUCAAUCCACAUUUAGCAAGACAAUCUAAUGUAACAUAAAAUAAACUGUUUCGGUCAAAUCAUCAGUUCAUUAAAAUGUAAAAUAUUUUUUAUUUCAACAAAAUCUUUUAUAAUAUUAUACAGAUGAAAUGUAUUUUGCUUGAAAAUUCUUAAUCAAUAUAUAUAAAUGACUUAUAAGUCAUUUAUAUAAGUCACUUAUAAGUGUAAUUAUAGAUUAUUUAAAUUAAUUAAUUAACAAAAGACUAUUAAUAAUUGUAAUUCAGAUAAUAAUAAACUAUUAUAUGCAACUUCAAUUAUUUUAUAUAUCUGUAUGUUAAUAAUAUACCUAAAAUGUGAUCCUAAACAUGAAAUAAUGUAUCCCAUUGCUUAGAAAAUAUAAAUAAUAAUGAAAGUAACAAGAGAGAUUUGACUCUCUCAGAAACUUGAAGCUAUUCUUUUAGUAAAACACAAACUCUCUCAUUUAUAAUAUAUUUUCUCAACAUUCAGUUAGACUUUGUGUGCUGAUGUAAACUUCAUUUUUCCAUAUUAAGUACAUAUAGUACAUAUUCCUAGAUCUAAAAUGAUGCCUUAUUACGAUAUUUACAGUGUAUUUUUUUUUUUUAAAUGUACAGCAAGACACUGAUUUACAAACGUACCUUGUUCCUGAAAUUUCACACAAGUAGGAUGAGCUUUUCCAUUAUUUCCUAUAACCAAAAUUUGUACAUCAUUCUAGCAUAACCCAGUCCCUGUACACAUUUCUGACUCAUCAAAGUGCAUCAUAGAAGUAGAAUGGAGUAAAAUAAAAUUCUAAUUUUCAAUUAAUGAAAUUAAUGAACUAACAGAAAGAUCAGUAAUGUGAUAUAAUGUUCAUUGAACUGCAUAACUUUACUGGAAUGACUAGUGCUAUCCUUUGCAAACAAAGCAAAUACUGUCUUAUCAAUUGAAUAUAUUUUCUCACUUAACUUUCUCCUUUUGUAAAAGAUAAACAAUCUGGAUUGCAUUUUAUAAUAGCAUUCAAUUUUAGAGACAGUAUUCUUGAUGUGUUUAGAGAAUUUUGUAAACAU